AUGAUGGAAUUAGUGGCGCUGAAACUUGUGCUUUUAUCAACCGAGGAAAUCUUGAGGGUGGCUGGAGCAAGGUAUGUACAAUUAUCUACUCAGAUGUAUAAUUAUAAUUAUCACAUGCCUAUGCAUCCUUUCGGUUUAUCUAUCUCGGGUCUGUCUGAUUAUGAAAAAAAAGAUGUGGAACUUGCCCACUAUCUUCUCUCUGUGGCUGAGAAGGUUGGCUACCAACAAUAUGAUCGUGCAAGUAGAUUGCUUUUACGUUGUGAUUGGAUUUCUUCUUCAAGAGGUAGUCCACUGCAGAGAGUUGUUUUUCAGUUUGCUGAAGCGCUCCGAGAGAGGAUUCAAAAUGAAUCGGGAAGGGUCAGAGUAAAGGGAUUCGAGCAAAACAAUGCAAUCAUUCAAGACUUGGGUAGCAAUAGUACAUUGCUUAAAUUUUACCAACUUCUUCCUUUCCCUCAAAUAGCGCUAUUCACAGGAAUCCAAGCCAUAAUUGAAAACGUUGAAUUGAAGCGGAAGGUUCAUUUGAUAGACAUGGAGAUCAGGUCUGGAGUGCAUUGGUCACUCUUGAUGCAGGCUCUUGCAGAGAGACGAGAUUUCCCCAUCGAGCUUCUUAGGAUAACUGCUAUUGGACUUGGAUCAAUCGGCAAUGAGAGUAUAGAGAAGACCGGUAAGAGGUUAGCCAUUUUUGCCGAGUCCUUUAACUUGCCCUUUACAUUUAAGUCUGUUUUGUUAUCAGACUUGAAAGAUAUCAAGGAAGAACUAUUCGAAAUUGAAGAUGAAGAAGAAGUGAUUAUUUUUGCUCCAUUAGUACUGAGAACAAUGAUUUCAAGGCCUAAUUGCAUGGAAAACCUCAUGAGUGUUAUCAGAAACCUCUGUCCAUCUAUAAUGGUUGUCUUUGAAGUAGAAGCAAACCAUAAUUCACCCUCAUUUGUGAAUCGCUUCAUUGAAGCUUUGUUCUUUUAUUGUGCAUACUUUGAUAGCCUGGAGACUUGCAUGAAACAGUAUGAUGAGGAGAGGAUGAGAAUGGAAGCACUUUUGGGUGAACAUAUCAGAAACCUUGUAGCAGAAGAGGGUCGAGGAAGGACUAAUCGGAAUGUCACCAUGGACAUCUGGAGGGCGUUCUUCUUAAGGUUUAAAAUGGUGGAAAUUGGGUUCAGUGAGUCAUCCCUACGCCAAGCCAGUUUGGUAGUCGAACGGUUCUCUUGUACAAAUUAUUUCACAUUGGAUAAGAAUGGGAAAAGUCUGCUUGUUGGGUGGAAGGGAACCCCACUUCAUUCCCUUUCGGUUUGGAAGUUUAAUUAAUUAAAAGAGAGGCGCAGCAUUUGUGUGGAGUUGCCAGGUUUCAUUCUCAACUAAAAGGUUUUCAUCACUGUGUGUCUCAGACAUCUUAUUCGCGAUAUAAACCCUAUCCGGCUUGAAUGAGGGUUUACCGUUUCCACCAUAACAUUUAGUGUCCUAACUAUGCAUGUAUGUACAAUGCUUUGGGCAACCCAGAGCUUGACUUGACACUCUUUCCCGGGGAGACCUCCAAAUGGAGCAUUGGCAUGUCUUGGACAAUUUGUCUAGAGUUUUGCUACAUACAAGCAAAGCCGCAUAUUAAUCUGUGUACUAAUACUGAUUACUUCAUAUUCAAAAUUUAAAUUAAUAUUAUUUUCAAUAAAAUCUAUUUUUUAACUAAUCAUAUUAGAUUGGUGCACAUAUUAGUGCACGGUUGUGCUUGUAACUAGAUUUUUCCAUUUAUCUAUAUUUAUUUAUUUUGUGAAACAAAUGCAGUAUGUAGACUCUGAUAACAAAGCAUGCAAGUCUUCUAUUCUUUUGUCAAACAUGAUUCCAAAUAUUAAGAGUUGCC